GGCGACAAGGUUUUUGAGAAGCCUUAUUGCAUGGUCGGCUAUACUCGAUCCUUGGGAGGCAACAAAAUGUGGAAGAAAUAUAUUGCGUCUAGUAUGUCCCGUGACCUGCCACGUACGACGAUCUAUACCUUGAUGCAAGCGGCACGAUUCGCAUCGAAGUUAAGACUAGCAUCGAAGCUAUACCUUGAUCCAAGCAGCACGAUUUGUAGCACUAGUAAGUACAACUAGAGUUGUUGUACUUGUACUAGUGGUAAGUACAACUACAAGUAGUAGAAGUAGGUUGGUAAGUAAGUACAACUACAAGUAGAACUAGAAGUAGGCUUGUAAGUAAGUAAGUACAACUACAAGUAGAAGUAAGCUUGUAAGUAUAUUGCACAAAAAAACGUUAUCAUUAUCGUUUUUUUGAUUUUCUAGCGUGAAGAAUGAGUGAACUUCUAAGAAGCGUGGUAGGGAUGGCGCGUGCGGCAGGCGCACUGGAAAACGCGGCUCCGACAGAAGAGGGCGAGAUGACAAGUGUAGCUGAUCUCGAAAAAAAACUCCUCAAUGCUGGUAAAGGAGCUGACAACGACGAUAGACCAUUGAAUGUUAGGAGGCUUACAAUUACCCUAAUGGGCUUAUAAUAGGGCUUACCCUUUUUAUGAUCGUAAUGUCGGAUAAUGGUCCAUUUUCUAAAGUGAAUGAUAAUAAAGUUAAGGGAGGCUACUUAUAGGUGGGCGGUUUACCUUUACCCUAAUGGUUGUGAUGCUAAUGGUCGUGAUGCUCUGAUCCUGCAGGUGAAGUAAGAGGCUACUGAUUUUCGUGGGGCAUCUUGAAGUGUAAGAGGCUACUUACUUAUUUUCAAGGCCAUACAGGAAGAUCAACACCGGACACUAUAUUGACAUUCCCUAUAUUACGAGCAAGACGCCUCUCCUGCUCGGCCAGGAUAAUGAUUAUACUAAUUAGGGGCGACUAGUAAUAUCGCCGAUACUGUCUUAUUCUUAAGAUGUUGGGACCUAUCCUUAUAUAUAAUAGCUUAAAGCGAUACACCUAUCUCUAAUCCUGAGCUCAUUAGCGAGGCCCAAUGUCCGGGAACAUUGGCUGGAAAAGUAGCCUCCGCUGCAAGGAUCGCUGCCCUGCGAGACCGACCGCAACUCUCUUCUUAAGGCUCCCAAUCUUCCAUCUUCGGAUGUUGGAAGCAUCUUGUAACUCUUUCACACGUACUGGAAAAGUGUCUCAAGAUGCGUCGCGAGAUGGAUAAGGGUGAGCUCUAAUCUUCGCCUCAGAACUGGAUCGCCAACGACAAAAGAUUUGCCAUUCCUGCUCUCAUUUUCGGAAUCGUUAUGGAGGCCACUUUUGCGAAGGCUGCUUACACGAUUGGCUUCGCAGUAAUUCAUGCGGGUCUUAUGGCGCUUUUCAAGGCGCUCGGGGUGACCAUUUCGCUUGGUGUCCCUGGUGGUAUUUUGAUCGCGAGCACCGCUUUGUUCUUAAGGGUUGUUGAAGCAUUUCAACGUAUUUGUACUAGGCUCUAUCUGGCAUUACAAAGGCAACUUAUCCUAUCUAGCACAUCGCGUGCAGGCUUAGCAAAGGCAACUUAUCCUAUCAUAUCCUAUCCUAUCCUAUCCUAAUUCUUUCAACUACCUUUAAUGUUCGUAGGAAAUAUGCUGUGCAACUGGGCCGCAAAUGUUCGGCAGAGGCUUAUCAAGACAUGGCUCGCAG